AUGGAACCCGAUGACUUUGAUUCUGAAGACAAAGAGAUACUAAACUGGGAUAUUAAUGACAUGAAACUGCCACAGAAUGUGAAAAAGACCGACUGGUUCCAGGAGUGGCCAGAUUCCUAUGUGAAGCACAUCUACAGCUCAGAGGACAGGAAUGCACAGAGGCACCUGAGCAGCUGGGCUAUGCGCAACACUAACAACCAUAACUCUCGAAUCCUCAAGAAGUCCUGCCUGGGCGUGGUGGUGUGUGGCCACAACUGCUCUACCAAGGAGGGGCGCAAGGUCUACCUGAGACCUGCAAUCUGUGACAAAGCCCGGCAGAAGCAGCAGAAGAAAAGUUGUCCCAACUGUAAUGGGCCCUUGAAGCUGAUUCCUUGCCGAGGCCAUGGGGGCUUCCCUGUCACCAACUUCUGGAGGCACGAUGGACGCUUCAUAUUCUUCCAGUCAAAGGGAGAGCAUGAUCAUCCAAAGCCAGAAACCAAGUUAGAAGCUGAGGCAAGAAGAGCAAUGAAGAAAGUGCAUGGGGCACCUGCUUCUGUCUCCCUAAAGCUGAAGGGGAAUGCAGGAUCAAAGUCUCUUCCAGGUGAAACACAAAGUCAGGGAAGUUUACCUUUAACUUGGUCAUUCCAGGAAAGUGUCCAGUUGCCUGGCAGUUACAGUGGACAUUUAAUAGCUAACACUCCCCAGCAGAAUUCACUGAAUGAUUGCUUAUCCUUCUCCAAGAGUUAUGGUUCAGGGGGAACCACUGAUUUGGCAGACCCGACUUCCACCUUAGACCCCACUAAGCUGUAUGAAAAAUGCAGAUUUUCCAGUAAUAGGAUCUACAAUAGUGGAGACCUGUUUCAACCUUCUACCUCUGGAGUCUACUCAGAUUAUGACAAUUUGCAAACAUGGAAUAAAAAUGCUGCUUUGGGGAGAAACCCUCUCAAUGACAACUAUUGUCCCAAUUAUCCUUUUCCUCUGACCAGCUGGCCUUGUGACUUCUUUCCUUCCCAGAACUCUUUGGAAAACUUUCCCCAGCAGAUUCCACUGGAACCACCUGCUGCCAAAACUAGCUGCCACCCAUUAUGGCCAAACCCAGGGGGCGAUCUUUAUGAAGAGAAAGUGCCUGUGGAUUUCAACAGCUAUGUUCCUUCCCUCACUUACCAUUCACCACAGGAAGACCCCUUUCUGUUCACCUAUACCCCUCAUCCUCACCAGCAAUGCUCACUGCCAGGCAAGAGCACUAAAUGGGAUUUUGAGGAAGAAAUGACAUACAUGGGUUUGGAUCAUUGCAACAACGAAAUGCUUCUAAACCUCUGUCCUUUAAGAUGA